AUGGCUGUUGGCAAGAACAAGAGACUCACAAAGGGUGGCAAGAAGGGCGGCAAGAAGAAGGCGGGUGACCCCUUCCUCCGCAAGGAGUGGUAUGACAUCAAGGCCCCGAGCAUGUUCACCAACCGGCAGUGCGGGAAGACCUUGGUGUCCCGGACCCAGGGCACAAAGAUCGCCACAGAGGAGCUCAAGGGCCGCGUCCUGGAGGUGAACCUCGCGGACCUGAACAACGACGAGGACCAGGCCUCCAAGAAGGUGCGGCUCUGCAUCGAGGAGGUCCAGGGCCGGAAUUGCCUCACCGACUUCCACGGCAUGACGCUGACCAGGGACAAGAUUUGCUCCCUGAUCAAGAAGUGGCAGACCCUGAUUGAGGCCCAUGUGGAUGUGAAGACCACUGACGGCUAUGUCGUCCGCAUGUUCUGCGUCGCCUUCACCAAGAGGCGCCCAGACCAGGUGAAGGCCAACUGCUACGCCCAGUCGGCUCAGAUCCGGAAAAUCCGGAGGAAGAUGGUGGACAUCAUGACGCAGGAGGCCAGCAAGGUUCAGCUCCGGGAGCUGGUGAAGAAGCUGAUCCCCGAGUCCAUCGGCAAGGAGAUCGAGAAGCAGGCGCAGGGCACCUUCCCUCUGAAGGACUGCCUGAUCCGCAAGGUGAAGAUUCUGAAGAAGCCCAAGUUCGACAUCACCAAGCUCAUGGAGCUCCACGGAGACGGUGGGGACGACGCGGGCGUGGAGAUGGUGAGGCCAGAGACGGAGGAAGCGAUGAACACGUUGACCGCGGAUAUCGUCGCCCAGGAGGAGGGAUCCACAGUUGACCAUCCCUGA